GGGAACCGGGGAGGGGAGAAGGAUGCUCCGGGGGUGGCUCUUUGCUUCCUCGGCUGCCCGGAGCUCGCAGGGGCUCGCCUGGAGGAUGUCUCACCCCCUCGGCACAGGUGUCACUGCUGGGGGAGCGCCGAGCUCGGAGCAUGCUGCUGAGGGCCAGCCCCAGGAGGUUUCUGGAGCAGCACCUUCUCUUGGUGGAGAGCACAGAGCAGCAGCGGCCGGCUCGGGAAGCGCUCCCGAAUCCAUUCAUGACUGAGGAACCUCCCGGCCCAGCCGAGCCCGAGCUGCCGCCCUCCAACCUCACCAACGGCACCGAGUGCGGCGAGGAGAUCCUGCUCUAUGGGGACACCGAGAAGGUCGUCAUCGGCGCCGUGCUCUCCAUCAUCAUCCUCACCACCAUCGCCGGCAACGGGCUGGUCAUCAUCUCCGUGUGCAUCGUCAAGAAGCUGCGGCAGCCCUCCAACUACCUGGUGGUGUCCCUGGCCGCCGCUGACCUGUCGGUGGCCUUCGCCGUCAUGCCCUUUGUCACCAUCACCGACCGUGGGGGCGAGUGGCUCUUUGGGAAGGUGUUUUGCAACGUGUUCAUCGCCAUGGAUGUGAUGUGCUGCACCGCCUCCAUCAUGACCUUGUGCAUCAUCAGCGUGGACAGGUACCUGGGCAUCACGCGGCCGCUGACCUACCCCGUGAGGCAGAACGGGAAGCUGAUGGCCAAGAUGGUUUUCAUCGUGUGGCUCCUGUCGGCCUCCAUCACCCUCCCUCCGCUCUUCGGCUGGGCCCAGAACGUGACGGUGGAGCGGGUGUGCCUCAUCAGCCAGGAUUUUGGCUACACCGUCUACUCCACGGGCGUGGCCUUCUACAUCCCCAUGGCCGUCAUGCUGGUGAUGUACAGCCGCAUCUACAAGGCGGCCAAGGUCAGCGCCGAGAAGCACCGCUUCAUGAACUUCCCCAAGCACUACGAGGAGGAGGGCGUCUACUGCCUCGAGGCCUCCUCCAGCCGGGCCCACCACAGCUCGCGGCGCACCAAGGCCGUGGAGGAGUGCGCCACGCUCUCCAAGCUGCUCCGCCAAGACCGUAAGAACAUUUCCAUCUUCAAGCGGGAGCAGAAAGCCGCCAGGACCCUCGGGAUCAUCCUGGGGGCCUUCACGUUUUGCUGGCUGCCCUUCUUCCUGAUGUCCACGGCGCGGCCGUUCAUCUGCGGCAUCCGCUGCAGCUGCAUGCCCCUGAGGCUGGAGAGGACUCUGCUCUGGCUGGGCUACACCAAUUCCCUCAUCAACCCCCUCAUCUACGCCUUCUUCAACCGGGAUUUGAGGACUACUUUCUGGAACCUGCUGCGCUGCAGGUACAGGAACAUCAACCGGAGGCUCUCGGCCGCCAGCAUGCACGAGGCGCUGAAAGCCACAGAGAGGCACGAGUGCAUCCUGUAGUGCCUGACCCGCUGGCUCCUGCCUCUCCAUGCUGGGCUCCUUGCUUCCCUGCACUCCCAGGGGCUCACAGGAACCAUCCAGACAUUGUCACGGAGAGUGACGCCCCGUGAGGAGCCGCGGUUUUCCUCACCUUGGGAGCAAGUGGAGGGAACUUUGGGAACAGCCCUUCCUUCUCACUCUGCUCCAGCUGGGAGCAAGACCUGGGGGGUUUGAGGUCUACCAAUGACUGUGGGCAAGUCACACCACCUUUCUGUGCCUCAGUUUACCCAUCUGUUAUUAAAGUUUAACAACUAAAAAAUAAAAAAAAAAAAAGGAAAAGAAACAUGCCCAGCCAACCAACCAAACGAAAAAAAACCCCUAAAAACUUGAUAAAACUGUGGCUCUCCACCUUCAAAAAGGGCUCUAAGGUCUGUGGAGGGCACAGAAAAUCCUGUGUAAAGACGACAUUGGCUGCACUUCUCUGUGGAAUCUGACAGCAGCUCCGUUGUACAUCCAAGCCCCCGUGCCACCGCAGCUUACCCGAACCCUUUUCCCGAUGCAAUUGCAUUUCACAUCCUGAGCUCAUGACCAGGUUUGCACGGCAGAGCAGAAAUACCAAUGACCCCGUUCCCCCCACACUGUAGCACUGCAGCACUUGAAGGAGACGAGUUUGCAGGAUGAAACACAAACCGACACGGAGUUUCCUUUAGGGUUGGAUAGGGAAGUUUGAUGGCUCCUCCUCAUCAGGG